AUGCUGCAAGUAAGAAAUUCUAACGCCAGGCUGAUUGCAGCCAGGGGGCUGAGGUUAGCGACAGGCCCUAGAUUGUCAGCAAGACAUCAGAGCUCCUUGACCAAGAAAGACCAUGAAGCAUACGCCGAGGAAAAGAACAUACUGAUGCGUGGUGCCAUUGCUGAAAAUUCUGAAUCAUCAAAAACCUCUAAACAGAUGCUAGAUGAUGAUUUAAGCUUGCUGGAAAGGGGUAUUAAGAGAUCUGACGAGAUGACUUCUAAAUUUACCGAUUAUCUGUAUAAGUUUCACAGGCUCCCUGCUGAUUACGGAUCAAAUCAGCUACUCACGGUUGUUGCAGAGCUUCAACAGGAACUACAAGGCAUAUUGACGUCGUUUAAGGCGCCUGUAAAGUAUGCUUUUGGUUACGGUUCUGGGGUUUUCCAACAGAAUGGCUAUCAUAAAGAGGAUACGAAGCCACAAAUCGAUCUUAUCUUUGGUGUGGAUCAUCCUGCCCAUUUCCACUCACUGAACAUGAGACAAAACCCUCAUCACUACUCGAGCUUACGCUAUUUUGGGUCAACCUUCGUUUCCAAGUUCCAGGAGAUUGGUGCAGGAGUUUACUUUAAUCCUUUCGCAGAAAUAAACGGCCAUCAAGUUAAAUAUGGCGUUAUUUCUAUGGAGAACCUUUUGAAAGAUUUAGCCACUUGGAAUACGUUCUACAUCGCAGGCAGAAUGCAGAAACCGGUUAAAAUACUGAAAAAUGACUUGAGAGCACAAUAUUGGAACCAGCUGAAUCUGAAAGCGGCUGCUACGAUAGCCAAACAUAUGACUUUGAAGAAGAAUAAUGGAAAGUUUGACGAACUUCAAUUUUACAAGGAAAUCGCAGGUUUGAGCUAUCUGGGAGACAUAAGAUACGAUCUCGGUGGUGAGCAUCCCAAUAAAGUCAACAACAUUGUUUCAAAAAAUUUCGAAAACUUCCAGCAUUACUAUAAACCCAUCUACAAGGAUGUUGUCCUGAACAAUUCCCACUACUUGCCGCAAGGUUUCACACCAGAGAACGCCGGAAAUCUUCUGCAGAGCAGAAUAGCUAAAUCUAGUGUCACUCAAACCUUGAAAGGCAUUUUUACGGCAGGCGUCACUAAGUCAGUGAAAUAUGCAUGGGCUAAGAAGUCGAAGACAUUUAGAAACUAG